AUGAAGGAUGAGAGAGAGCAGAGAGAGAGAGAGAAGGGAGGGGAGGGGGGUGUGUUGUAUUGGGGUAGUAGAUGGUGAGGGGGGAGAGAAUGAGGGAGGGAGAGCAAAAACACCCCAGUCCAAGUUCCAAGCUGACUUCAUUUGGUAAUAAAAUCCAGCAUUGGGCUCCAGAUUCAGAUCCUGUCCAAUGACGUCUUUUGGGCUGAAAUCUAACUGUGAAAAAAUGACUUAGGAGCAGCUGUGAGUUUGACAGACGAGAAAUGGAGGGCUGCAGCGGUUCUGUCGACCCCCUGCCCAUUCCCCUCCUCCACCUCUGGAAUUCUCUCUCUCUCUCUCUCUCUCUCUCUCUCUCUCUCUCUCUCUCUCUCUCUCUCUCUCUCUCAGUCCAUGCUGUGUUCGUGACUUGAUUAUGCUCUUGGUAUUUCUAGUUCUGUGUGUUAGUAGUGCUAUAGGAAGAAGAAUAGCUGCUCUGUGCUUCACAGGGAUUGGUGUGCAUUUUCCUCUCACACUGUAUUCCACACCAGUGAGCUUUAAUCCACUUUACUGAUGACUGGUCAAAGGAACCAUGACUCCCACACAUCUUUGAUCUUGUUAUGGAAGACUAUUAGGCUAGGUAUGGAACUCACAAGCCACAAAGACAUCUAUAGUUUGGUCUUGCUUAAUCGCUUAUAAAAUCCUGAUUAAAAAAAAGUUUAGAGCACCUGUGAUGGACUAAAAAGUAUUCUAAUUUUCAAUAUGUAGCACACAGUGUUGCUGCCCAUAUCUCUGCAUACUAGCAGUUCUCUUGACCAGUGAUGGUGAUAGCAGACCUGCUAUUCAGGGGGACAGUCCAGUACAGAGAGUACACAUGUACACUACCACAUCAGAAUAAACCCCUAUACUGGACCCAUAUGGAGAGUAUAGCAGAUGAGGCAGCCAGCCCUUACAAAAAAAAACACAUUAAUAAAUCACAAUGUUGAAAGAACACGUGUAAACAAAUCACAGACAUACUGUAUGUGUUUUCCCAAUAUUGUGCUUUUGGUAAAACAUCUCCAAUUUGCAAGUCUCUUCUUAUUAUUGGUGUCCUUUAGUAGUGAUUUCUUUGCAGCAAUUCGACCAUGAAGGCCUAAUUCACACAGUCUCCUCUGAACAGUUGGUGUUGAGAUGUGUCUGUUACUUGAACUCUGUGAAGCACUUAUUUGGGCUGCAAUUUCUGAGGCUGGUAACUCUAAUGAACUUAUCCUCUGCAGCAGAGGUAACUCUGGGUCUUCCAUUCCUGUGGCAGUCCUCAUGAGAGCCAGUUUCAUCAUAGCACUUGAUGGUUUUUGCGACUGCACUUGAAGAAACUUUCAAAGUUCUUUAAAUGUUCCGUAUUGACUGACCUUCAUGUCUUAAAAUAAUGAUGUACUGUCGUUUCUCUUUGCUUAUUUGAGCUGUUGUUGCCAUAAUAUGGACAUGGUCUUUUACCAAGUAGGGCUAUCUUCUGUAUCUUCACAACACAACUCAAUCAAUCAAUCAAUCAAAUUUUAUUUAUAAAGCCCUGAUUGGCUCAAACGCAUUAAGAAGUAAAGAAAUUCCACAAAUUAACUUUUACCUGUUAAUUUAAAUGCAUUCCAGGUGACUACCUCAUGAAGCUGGUUGAGAGAAUGCCAAGAGUGUGCAAAGCUGUCAUGAAGGCAACGGGUGGCUGUUUGAAGAAUCUCAAAUAUAAAAUAUAUUUUGAUUUGUUUAACACUUUUUUGGUUACUAGAUGAUUCCAUGUGUUAUUUCAUAGUUUUGAUGUCUUCACUAUUAUGCUACUAUGUAGAAAAUAGUAAAAAUAAAUGAAUAGGUGUUCUAAAACUUUUGACCAAUAGUGUACAUAUUUACAAAACAAUAUAUGGGGGAUUGGAAAUGAUGCAGACAAUUACAUUAAUAGAAGCCACAAUCUAUCUGCAACAUUAAAGCUGAUCCACCCCCUAAUAAAAAAUACUACUAAAACAAAUUCUGGUAACUCUGACAGCGCAAAUUUUAACAUGUUAAAAAGGAUAAAUAAGGAGACGCGGCGCACUAGCUUCUCUGUUCUUUCACUGGGCUUCUUCAAACUGUCACUGACCAACUUAUGAAGAAGAGAGGCGGGUACCAGCAGCAGUGACACUCCGAAUGGAUGGCUCAGAAAUAAGAAAUCAUUUUUAACACACUCAAAUUAUUAUACUCAGGUAGGAUAAGUUACCUUUUUACAGAAUGGCAUUACAGAAUUUGCAAUUCCAUAUGUGGAAACAUUUCUACUGCAACAUGUUACCUUUUCACAUUUGAGUAGAAUAACACUUUUUUGUGAACUUGUAAUUCCGAAUGUGAAAGUGAGAUUUUCUUACAUGUGAAACUGCAUAUCCAAUUUUCACAUGUGAACGUUUUUAACAUGUGAAACCGCAAAUUUCACAUGUGCUACUGCAAUUCACAUGAGGUGAAAAUCUCACAUGUGAAAAGGUGGUGUUAACAUGUGAAGUUUAGUACAUGUGAAAAUAUGUUUACACGUUAAAUUUAAGCUCAACAUGUGAAAACAGCUACUUCACAUGUGAAAAUGCAAAUUUGACAUGUGUUUUUUUUGUAAGGGAGGCUACAGCCUGGGGAAGCCAUUCCUUAUCCGUCUUCCCAUUCUCUGUUUUCUUUCCCUGUCAUUAAAACUGUUUGGUCAGAGAGGGCUCUGGGUGCUUUAACAUUCUCAUUCCCUGGACCCUGCCAUAAACACUGCUAUUUCCCUCUUUCUCUCUCCCUCGUUAGUGCUCCCUCUCUCUGGGUGCUUUAACAAGCAGUAGAGGGAGGAGCAACAGAGAGUCUUUACAGAUAUGGGCUAGUUUUAUUUAUUUGUUUAAGGUCGAGCCUUUGCCCCAGUGUCAGUUGUUGCAGUAACAGUUGGUGGUUAGAAAUGUUUGCUGAAAAGUUGAAUGCCUUGGCAUGCCAGCAUACCCCCCUCUCACUCUCUUUCCCCUAUUUUUCUCCCUCCCAUUCGCCAUCUCUUUUUCCCCUCUCUUUCUCACCCUUUCCCCACAUUUUCUCGCUUCACUAUAUCCCUUUCCCCUCAUUCUCCCAACUCUCUCUCUCUGUCUCUCUCUCUCUCUUUCUCUCUGUCUCACAUGUGUAGGCAGGCAUACAUAAUCUCAAACAGCCUAUCUGUGUAGCCCUCAGUGUCUCCCUCCCGCCCCUUAUAUGCUAAUUUGACCUACAAAUUCUGUCAAAGUAUGCCAAAUGAAUGAGAACACUGUUGAACUCAAGCCAAUGUUCUUCCUCCUAUCUCUCUCUGUCGUCGUUCUCUCUUCCUGUUUUUCUGCCCCCUCCCUCAACACCUCCCCCAGCUUCACUGUCUGUCUCUCUUACCUGGCGCUGACGAAGAUGGCGGCGUUGCGACUAGCUCUUAGGAAACUUUGCAGUAUUUUGUUUUUUUAUGUAUUUUGUUUUUAACAUUAUUAGCUCAGAAAGUGUUUUGCAUCAUUACAUACAGCCGGGAAAAACUAUUGGAUAUCAGAGCGGCGGUAACUCACCAGCAUUACGACCAGGAAUACGACUUUCCCGAAGCAGAUGCUUUGUUUGCUCUCCCCAGGGCAAGUGAGCUGAUUCCAGCGGCUGACCCAAAACAUCGCCGGCGGAGGAGAGGCACUUGGAGCGCCCUGCUGGUCCGACAUAGGAUGCGCGCACACCACCCACCGCUUCCAAGUAUCCUACUCGCUAAUGUUCAAUCUUUGGUUAACAAAGUCGACGAACUACGGGCAAGGAUUUCUUUCCAGAGAGACAUCAAGGCCUGUAACAUACUCUGUUUCAUGGAAACAUGGCUCUCUUGGGAUAUUCUGUCGAAAUCGGUCCAGCCAGAUGGGUUCUCAGUUCAUCGCGCAGACAGGAACAGAAGGGCGGAGGUGUGUGUUUCAUGAUUAACGACUCAUGGUGUAAUUGUAGUAACAUAUAGGAACUCAAGUCCUUCUGUUCACCCGACCUAGAAUAUCUCACAAUCAAUUAUCUCCCAAGAUAAUUUUCUUCCGUUAUAGUCACGGCCGUGUAUAUCCCCCCUCAAGCCGAUACAACGACGGCCCUCAAAGAACUUCACUGGACCUUAUGCAAACUGGAAACCACAUAUCCUGAGGCUGCAUUUAUUGUAGCCAGGGAUUUCAACAAAGCAAAUUUGAGGACUAGGCUGCCGAAGUUCUAUCAACAUAUCGACUAUUGUACUCACGCUGCUAAAAUCCUCGACAAUUGCUAUUCAAACUUCCGGGACGGUUAUAAGGCCCUCCCCCGCCCUCCUUUCGGCAAAUCUGACCAUGACUCCAUUUUGCUUCUCCCUUCCUAUAGGCAGAAACUCAAACAGGAAGUACCCGUGCUAAGGACUAUUCAACUCUGGUCUGACCAAUCGGAAUCCACACUUUUAGAUAGUUUUGAUCACGCGGACUGGGAUAUGUUCCGAGUAGCUUUCAAAAAUAAUUUAGACAUAUACACUGAAGCGGUGACGGAGUUUAUCAGGAAGUGUAUAGGUGAUGUUGUGCUCACUGUGACUAUUAAAACCUACCCUAACCAGAAACGCAAGGUGACUGGGAAUAUGGCAGAAUACAAACAGUGUAGCUACUCACUCCGCAAGGCAAUUAAACUGGCAGUUCAAUUCAACGGCUCAGACACAAGACGUAUGUGGCAGGGUCUACAGACAAUCACGGACUACAAAAAGAAAACCAGCCACGUCGCCGACACCGACGCGUCGCUUCCAGACAAGCUAAACACCUUCUUUGCCCGCUUUGAGGAUAACACAGUGCCACUGACGAGGCCCACUACCAAGGACUGUGGCCUCUCCUUCUCCAUGGCCGAUGUGAUUAAGACAUUUAAGCAUGUUAACCCCCGCAAGGCUGCCGGCCCAGACGGUAUCCCUAGCCGCGUCCUCAGAGCAUGCGCAGACCAGCUGGCUGGUGUGUUCAUGGACAUAUUCAAUCUCUCCCUUUCCCAGUCCUCUCACUCAACAUCAACAAAACAAAGGAGAUGAUCGUGGACUUCAGGAAACAGCAGAGGGUACACCUCCCUAUCCACAUCGACGGGACCGCAGUGGAGAAGGUGGAAAGCUUCAAGUUCCUUGGCGUACACAUCACCGACAAACCGAAAUGGUCCACCCACGCAGACAGUGUGGUGAAGAAGGCCCAACAGAGCCUCUUCAACCUCAGGAGGCUGAAGAAAUGUGGCUUAUCACCUAAAACCCUCACAAACUUUUACAGAAGCACAAUUGAGUGCAUCCUGUCUGGCUGUAUCACCGCCUGGUACGGCAACUGCACCGCCCACAACCGCAGGGCUCUCCAGAGGGUAGUGCGGUCUGCCGAAUGCAUUACCGGGGGCAAACUACCCACCCUCCAAGACACAUACAGCACCCGAUGUCACAGGAAGGCCAAAAAGAUCAUCAAGGACAUCAACCACCCGAGCCACUGCCUGUUCACCCCGCUAUCAUCCAGAAGGCGAGGUCAGUACAGGUGCAUCAAAGCUGGGACCGAGAGAAUGAAAAACAGCUUCUAUCUCAAGGCCAUCAGACUGUUAAAUAGCCAUCACUAGCACAUUAGAGGCUGCUGCUGCCUAUUGAAAUCACUGGCCACUUUAAGAAAUUGAACACUAGUCACUUUAAUAAUGUUUACAUAUCUUGCACUACUCAUCUCAUAUGUAUAUACUGCAUUAUAUUCUAUAAUAUUAUUCUGUAUCUUAGUCCAUGCCGCUCUGUCAUUGCUUGUCCAUAUACAGUGGGGAGAACAAGUAUUUGAUACACUGCAGAUUUUGCAGGUUUUCCAACUUACAAAGCAUGUAGAGGUCUGUAAUUUUUAUCAUAGGUACACUUCAACUGUGAGAGACGGAAUCUAAAACAAAAAUUCAGAAAAUCACAUUGUAUAAUUUUUUAGUAAUUAAUUAGCAUUUUAUUGCAUGACAUAAGUAUUUGAUACAUCAGAAAAGCAGAACUUUAAUAUUUGGUACAGAAGCCUUUGUUUGCAAUUACAGAGAUCAUACGUUUCCUGUAGGUCUUGACCAGGUUUGCACACACUGCAACAGGGAUUUUGGCCCACUCCUCCAUACAGACCUUCUCCAGAUCCUUCAGGUUUCGGGGCUGUCGCUGGGCAAUACGGACUUUCAGCUCCCUCCAAAGAUUUUCUAUUGGGUUCAGGUCUGGAGACUGGCUAGGCCACUCCAGGACCUUGAGAUGCUUCUUACGGAGCCACUCCUUACUUGCCCUGGCUGUGUGUUUCGGGUCGUUGUCAUGCUGGAAGACCAAGCCACCACCUAUCUUCAAUGCUCUUACUGAGGGAAGGAGGUUGUUGGCCAAGAUCUCGCGAUACAUGGCCCCAUCCAUCCUCCCCUCAAUACGGUGCAGUUGUCCUGUCCCCUUUGCAGAAAAGCAUCCCCAAAGAAUGAUGUUUCCACCUCCAUGCUUCACGGUUGGGAUGGUGUUCUUGGGGUUGUACUCAUCCUUCUUCUUCCUCCAAACACGGCGAGUGGAGUUUAGACCAAAAAGCUCUAUUUUUGUCUCAUCAGAUCACAUGACCUUCUCCCAUUCCUCCUCUGGAUCAUCCAGAUGGUCAUUGGCAAACUUCAGACGGGCCUGGACAUGCGCUGGCUUGAGCAGGGGGACCUUGCGUGCGCUGCAGGAUUUUAAUCCAUGACGGUGUAGUGUGUUACUAAUGGUUUUCUUUGAGACUGUGGUCCCAGCUCUCUUCAGGUCAUUGACCAGGUCCUGCCGUGUUGUUCUGGGCUGAUUCCUCACCUUCCUCAUGAUCAUUGAUGCCCCACGAGGUGAGAUCUUGCAUGGAGCCCCAGACCGAGGGUGAUUGACCGUCAUCUUGAACUUCUUCCAUUUUCUAAUAAUUGCUCCAACAGUUGUUGCCUUCUCACCAAGCUGCUUGCCUAUUGUUCUGUAGCCCAUCCCAGCCUUGUGUAGGUCUACAAUUUUAUCCCUGAUGUCCUUACACAGCUCUCUGGUCUUGGCCAUUGUGGAGAGGUUGGAGUCUGUUUGAUUGAGUGUGUGGACAGGUGUCUUUUAUACAGGUAACGAGUUCAAACAGGUGCAGUUAAUACAAGUAAUGAGUGGAGAAUAGGAGGGCUUCUUAAAGAAAAACUAACAGGUCUGUGAGAGCCGGAAUUCUUACUGGUUGGUAGGUGAUCAAAUACUUUUGUCAUGCAAUAAAAUGCAAAUUAAUUACUUAAAAAUCAUACAAUGUGAUUUUCUGGAUUUUUGUUUUAGAUUCCGUCUCUCACAGUUGAAGUGUACCUAUGAUAAAAAUUACAGACCUCUACAUGCUUUGUAAGUAGGAAAACCUGCAAAAUCGGCAGUGUAUCAAAUACUUGUUCUCCCCACUGUAUAUUCUUAAAUCCCAUUCCUUACUUUUUUGUGUGUGUUGGGUAAAUGUUGUGAAAUUGUUAGAUAUUUCUUCACUGUCAGAGCUAGAAGCACAAGCAUUUCGCUACACCCGCUAUAACAUCUGCUAAACACGUGUAUGUGACAAAUACAAUUUGAUUUGAUUUGAUUUACCCCUUUUUCUCUCACUCAUAUCUCAGAAAGUUAGGAUACAUGUUAGCCGACUAAACUCAGCUCCACGAUUUACGAUGGAGUUGAGUUGUGUGGCAACUAGUGUGGGCGGACUGGAGCUCCGAUGUCACCUGAAAUGAAGUUUUUAUCAAAAACUACAACUUUCAGCACCCAAAGAAUAGCCCGCAUUUACACAUGGGUGUUGAAUAAUUUUUUUGUUGUUGAUAAAAACUUCAUUUUAUGUGACAUCGGCACUCCAGUCCGCCCACACUAGUAACCGCUCAACUCCAUAAUCGUGGAGUCGAGUUUAGUCAGCUAGAUACAUGAAUACAUCUCCAAUGACAUGUAUGUAUUCCUCAGGCUAAACAAUAGCUAAACAUUUGUCUAAUACUGUAUCUGCUCAGGGUCCAGCUGCAGUGUUUGUGUAACCUAGCUGGAAAGUGUGGGACUGAAACGGACUGACUGACCCAUGUUGUAGGUUCCAGUUCCGAAACAGCUGUCCUGUCCAGUCUUGGAGAGAGUACAGCACUGCCCGUGAGACCUGGGCCUUUAUUCACAAAGAGUCUCAAAGUAGGAGUGCUGAUAUAGGAUCAGUUUAACCGUUUAGAUUAAGAUUACAUAGACAGGGGGUACCUGAUCCUAGAUCAGCACUCCUAGUCUGAGAGGCUUUGUGAAUACGGCCCUGGUUCUGUUGGAGUAUGGCUGCUGUGUCUGUUUCGUUACUUUUCCUGAAUGCCCAACCAAUGCCCACGGUUUUAGCACAAGGAACCCCCUCACUAUAUGAGAUGUUGUGUAAUGUGUGUGUAGUAGUAGGAAAGUGCAAUUGUGGGUUUUUUGUCACUUCAAUCCUGGAAAGUGGUGAGGCAUUGACGUUUUUCGACUGUGGUUUCUUAGAAGAACACUUGCCUUGGCUGGCCUUCAACUGGCAUCAAGACACGCACGCACACACACACUCACACGCACACAGACACAUGCACACAGACACACAGACACACAGACACACAGACAGACAGACAGACAGAUAGACAGACAGACAGACAGACAGAGGAAAAAUAAGGAGUUUUCCAGUCCAGGGGCUGGUGUAGAGCAGGCCACAUGAAAACAGACCCAGCCACUGGAGUCAGUCCACCACAGCUAGUGAUUAGUAGACUGAGACCAUUACUAAGAACCAUUACAGCUGCCUGCCUCCAUCUCUCUCUUUCUCUCACCCUCUACUCCCCAUCUCUCUCUCUCUCCCCCUCUCGUUCUCCCUGUCUGUUUUUCCUCUCCAUUGACAGGCUCCAGACAUACAGGCUUACAAUCUAAAAAGUAUCCAUGUUUCAAAAUAAGCUCUUAUAAAAAGCUGUUAUCCAGUUCCAGAUCUCUGGCGACAAAUCUGCCCUUCCCUUGUUUAUCAGAAGACGUCAUGGUCCUGAGAGAGAGAGAGGGGGAUUCUGGGUCGGCUCGCUCCACGUCUGAUCUCUGCUUGGACUGACCCACUUCUCGUUGUCCCCACACACACACACUGUAAAACCAUGAAACAUGUGAUACGUUUAUAACCUAAACGUCAGUGUUUAAAACUUAAACAUUAGGCAUUUAGAUUUGCCAAUAGGUGUUCUCAUUUUUAACACAGGGGUUUCGAAUGCAAGAUUAAACAUAAUAGUCCGCUUUUUCCAGUUUCCAACCAGGAGAACACCGAUAUCUCCUAAGUGUUCAGAUUUUAAACACUAGUGUUUCAUUUCCGAUCGUCCUGUUUAGAGUGCAUUUAGUCAUUAGAAAUUAGGAAUGUCUGUCACCUUACCUACAUUUCAGCACAACUGAACAGGACAUGAUAAAAUAUAAAAAUUGUUGGAUAUCCUCCCUCUGGCUGGAUUACGAUAGGAAUUACUAAUCACUUCACUUACCAGAGUAUUGUGACUUGCAGGUCUGCUGUGGCCCAUGAGCCAGGAUUUUCAGACCUCAAUGUCAAGGAUAACUAGGCCAUAAAUAAAGGCCUUAUGAAAUGUAUAAUAUGCGGUCAUAAAGGGUUUACUUUUAAUUAACACAUUAAUUUAGGCAGUCAAUAGAAAUGAUUGAAUGCAACAACCAUACGUCUGUCACAAACAAACACAGUCAUGGGUGGGUAUCUCUCACAUUCACUCGAAAGGCCUGCUGGGAAAUAAUCAGACACGGCUUUACGCCCUGCAGUUUUAAAACACCUCCCCCAGUGUUAAGUGUUUCAAAUCGAAACGCCUUGUGCUGAAUAAACGUGUCCAUGUGUUUAAAAAGUGUUAGAGCGAAUAAACAUGUUAUGGGGGUUACAAUCUAAACACUGUGACGCGUUUAUAGUACACACACACACACACACACACACACACACACACCAACUGGACCUCCAGUCGGUCACCAGGGUCUACCCCUGCUUCCCCCUUCCUAUCCCACUGUUUGGCCUGAUGGUUAUGACCAGUGUUUCCUUGCCAGAGUGGAAUCUAUAUUCUGCUUUCCUCUCUUCAUUGUGAAGCGGGUUUGUAUUUGUUUCUGUUUUUUUCAAGAGAAGGAAAGCAAAUCCCAAGCCUUUAGUCAUUGUUUUCAGAUGCAGUUUCCUCUGGGCUGGUUGGACACAUAGCAACACCUACACGCACCCACGUUCACUCUCAUGCUAACUCUCACACUCUUAACACACACACACACACACACACACAGACACACACACACACACAGACAGAGCCUUCCUGCUGAUGGGAGUGAGUUUAGUUUGUCGCAGUGUGUUUUGGGCGAUCAUUCUGUUGGUGCUACUCUUUAUGACCUGCUUGAAUCUGGAUCCUCAGUCAGUCAGCAGCCCCUUAAUGCACUGUGUCUCUUACCUCACAGGUCUGCUUUGUUGGCCACAUACCUCCCAGGGCUCUGCGGAAGGAGGUUGGAUCAGUGAGAUCCUAUUGUGGUCUUUCAGGGAGGCCGUCCGCAGUAGGGACGGCAUCCCAAAUUAUUGUUAUAUGACAAUGAUGAGACACAAUAGAGUGUUUCAGAUGAGAAUAUGUCAGGGCCUGUGUUAUUCAUAUUCAAUAAGAAUACUUCCCUGCCUGUGGAACUCAUUGUGAUAAUGGAGAGGUGGGUACUUGUGCAUACUCAUAGUCAGAAUAAAAGGAGAGGAGAGUUAACAGUAGUGUAGUGACGUGGAGUUUCAUACUCUUUGUGUGCUGAGACAGCAACCCACUGAGGGAUUUAAGAGUUUCUGCUUUAACAAGGCUACUAUUGAUUCUGUCUUCUAGUGAGGAUAGGGAGGAGAGUUUGAGCUAUCGAGAGAGAAAGAGGGGGACAGGAGUGAGGGGGGGGGGGGGGCAAGAUUGAGGUGGAGAGAGAGGGGGACAGGAGUGAGGGAGGGAGAGAGACAGAGUCCAGCGUAACGAAUGCUAUGGGGACAGGAGUGGCACGGCCCUUUGUUGUGUGGGUGGUGAACCCCUAUUCAAGCAGCAGAGUUACAGGGGGGCAUAGCUUGGUGUUCUGGAUUCCACUGCACUACAGUCAGCAUAACUUAAACGAAACACAUUAUGUACUAGUCUAGCUUCUUCAACAGAGGUUUCAGCCAAACACAUCAUGUACUAGUCUAGCUUCUUCAACAGAGGUUUCAGCCAAACACAUCAUGUACUAGUCUAGCUUCUUCAACAGAGGUUUCAGCCAAACACAUCAUGUACUAGUCUAGCUUCUUCAACAAGGUUUCAGCCAAACACAUCAUGUACUAGUCUAGCUUCUUCAACAGAGGUUUCAGCCAAACACAUCAUGUACUAGUCUAGCUUCUUCAACAGAGGUUUCAGCCAAACACAUCAUGUACUAGUCUAGCUUCUUCAACAAAGGUUUCAGCCAAACACAUCAUGUACUAGUCUAGCUUCUUCAACAGAGGUUUCAGCCAAACACAUCAUGUACUAGUCUAGCUUCUUCAACAGAGGUUUCAGCCAAACACAUCAUGUACUAGUCUAGCUUCUUCAACAGAGGUUUCAGCCAAACACAUCAUGUACUAGUCUAGCUUCUUCAACAGAGGUUUCAGCCAAACACAUCAUGUACUAGUCUAGCUUCUUCAACAGAGGUUUCAGCCAAACACAUCAUGUACUAGUCUAGCUUCUUCAACAGAGGUUUCAGCCAAACACAUCAUGUACUAGUCUAGCUUCUUCAACAGAGGUUUCAGCCAAACACAUCAUGUACUAGUCUAGCUUCUUCAACAGAGGUUUCAGCCAAACACAUCAUGUACUAGUCUAGCUUCUUCAACAGAGGUUUCAGCCAAACACAUCAUGUACUAGUCUAGCUUCUUCAACAGAGGUUUCAGCCAAACACAUCAUGUACUAGUCUAGCUUCUUCAACAGAGGUUUCAGCCAAACACAUCAUGUACUAGUCUAGCUUCUUCAACAGAGGUUUCAGCCAAACACAUCAUGUACUAGUCUAGCUUCUUCAACAGAGGUUUCAGCCAAACACAUCAUGUACUAGUCUAGCUUCUUCAACAGAGGUUUCAGCCAAACACAUCAUGUACUAGUCUAGCUUCUUCAACAGAGGUUUCAGCCAAACACAUCAUGUACUAGUCUAGCUUCUUCAACAGAGGUUUCAGCCAAACACAUCAUGUACUAGUCUAGCUUCUUCAACAGAGGUUUCAGCCAAACACAUCAUGUACUAGUCUAGCUUCUUCAACAAAGGUUUCAGCCAAACACAUCAUGUACUAGUCUAGCUUCUUCAACAGAGGUUUCAGCCAAACACAUCAUGUACUAGUCUAGCUUCUUCAACAGAGGUUUCAGCCAAACACAUCAUGUACUAGUCUAGCUUCUUCAACAGAGGUUUCAGCCAAACACAUCAUGUACUAGUCUAGCUUCUUCAACAGAGGUUUCAGCCAAACACAUCAUGUACUAGUCUAGCUUCUUCAACAAAGGUUUCAGCCAAACACAUCAUGUACUAGUCUAGCUUCUUCAACAAAGGUUUCAGCCAAACACAUCAUGUACUAGUCUAGCUUCUUCAACAAAGGUUUCAGCCAAACACAUCAUGUAGACUAACUACAACAGCACAGCAUUUGUAAUGGAUGCUCUUUUUGCUAGCUCUGAUAAUUUACUUUACACAAACACACUUUGAACUUACAACAACUGCUCCCAUAGCCUGGUCCCAGAUCUGUUUGUGCUGUCUUGCCAGCUCCUAUGGUCAUCAUGGUCAUGAUGGAGUUGGCUAUACAGCACAAACAGAUCUGGGACCAGGCUAGUGCUCCCACCCUCUGUGUCACGUUCGUUUACAGACGGGACGGACCAAGGCGCAGCGUGAUAUGCGUACAUGUUUAUUUUUCCGAAUAAACACAAUGACAAAACAACAAACGAAACGUGAAGUCCAAGGUACACAAACAAACAUACCUCACACGGAACAAGAUCCCACAACCCACUAGUGCCAAUAGGCUGCCUAAGUAUGGUCCCCAAUCAGAGACAAGGAGCUACAGCUGCCUCUGAUUGGGAACCACACCGGCCAACAUAGAUCUACACGAUCUAGAUCUAAACAUAGAAAAUGCAACAUAGAACAUACCACACAGAAAAUACACACCCUGACUCAACAAAUACGAGUCCCCAGAGUCAGGGCGUGACAGUACCCCCCCCCCCCCAAAGGUGCGGACUCCGACCGCACAACAUAAACAUAACAGGGUAGGGGCCGGGUGGGCCUCGGAGGCGGAUCCGGCUCAGGGCGUGACGACCACUUACUCUCCGCCUCCCUGUUGCGCCCCUGGUCUGGUCUGGACCUCGGCGCGCUGCUUCCCCUCUCCUUCCUCCCAUGAAGUACCAAGUCCUGUCUGGACCCUGGUGUGGGAGACCCCGAACCUGGAGAGGGGCUGACGUCUGGGUCUGGACUGGAGCCGCUGACCGGAGCUGGACCAGGCACCGGUGGAGCGGACUGCACAGACUCCGGACUGGAGCCGCUGACCGGAGCUGGACUGGGCACUGGUGGAGCGGACUGCUCUGGCUCCGGAGUGGAGCCGCUGACCGGAUCUGGACUGGACCCCGGUGGAGCGGACUGCUCUGGCUCCGGAGUGGAGCAGCUGACCGGUGCCGGACCAGGCACCGGUGGAACAGGCACGGGCCGUGCCGGACUGGACACACGCACCACUGGCUUGGUGCGGGGAGCAGGAACGGGCCGGACCGGGCUGGCGACGCGCACCACUGGCCUGGUGCGGGGAGCAGGGACAGGCCGGGCCCGGCUGGCGACGCGCACCACUGGCUUGGUGCGAGGGGCAGGAACAGGCCGGGCCGGGCUGGCGACGCGCACCACUGGCUUGGUGCGAGGGUCAGGAACAGGCCGGGCCGUACUGGGAACACGCACCACUGGCUUAGUGCGGGAAGCAGGAACAGGACGGGCCGGACUGGCGACGCGCACCACUGGCUUGGUGCGAGGGGCAGGAACGGGUCGGGCCGUACUGGGAACACGCACCACUGGCUUAGUGCGGGAAGCAGGAACGGGCCGGACCGGACUGGCGACACGCACCACUUGCUUGGUGCGAGGAGCGGGACUGGGUUCCUUUAUUAACCCCCGCUCCUUCUGCAGCCUAACCAGCUCCUCUCGCCGUGCCUCUACACUUUCCUUCUCCCUUAUAGCCUCCUGUAGCGCCUCCCACUGACCGAAUAACUCCUGCUCCCUCUGAACCAAUAGCCCCCGUAAUAUGGUGGCCUCCUCUCCUAACCUGCAGAUCCGCCCUUUAACGGCCUCCUGCUGCCUCAUCGUCCACACCGUGUGCCCCCCCAAAAACAUUUCUUGGGGUUGCCUCUCGGGGCUCCGUCGUCGGCACUGUUGGCGCCGUUUCUCCUCUCCUACCUGGGCAUCCUCCUUCAUCGCCUUCCGGUAACGGACGGCCUCCUCCUCCGUAAUUCUCCCCCAACCGAGGAGGACAUCUACUAAUGUAACCUCCUGUUGAAUUCCCGGCGUUUGCUCCUGAACACGCUGCUUGGUCCUUGUUUGGUGGGAUCUUCUGUCACGUUCGUUUACAGACGGGACGGACCAAGGCGCAGCGUGAUAUGCGUACAUGUUUAUUUUUCCAAAUAAACACAAUGACAAAACAACAAACGAAACGUGAAGGCCAAGGUACACAAAACAAACAUACAACCCACUAGUGCCAAUAGGCUGCCUAAGUAUGGUCCCCAAUCAGAGACAACGAGCUACAGCUGCCUCUGAUUGGGAACCACACCGGCCAACAUAGAUCUACACGAUCUAGAAAACUAAACAUAGAAAAUGCAACAUAGAACAUACCACACAGAAAAUACACACCCUGACUCAACAAAUACGAGUCCCCAGAGUCAGGGCGUGACACUCUGUGCACUAAUCAAACCACUAGGUCAGCGGUUCCCAAACAUUUCUGUUCUGGGGACUACCAAAUCACGAGUCGAGGAUUUCUUUAAACAUAAAAUACCUUGGUGGUCACAUUUAGUCCAUUUUAGCAGUGAACUAUUAUUAUUAUAAACAUUUUGCAUUGUCAAAAGCUUAUAAUACCAUUUACACUCCCCACUGUUAUUAUAAAAUAAUAAAAAAUAAAAUCAUUAUAAAAAAAUAACAUUUGUGGACCACCUGCAGUACCCGGUAGGUUGAAACCCACUGCAAUAGGUUUUGUUCUGCAUUCCUUUGUAGGAUAACGAGGUGUUGUAUUAAAACAACAGCCUACCCAGUACCCUCUCUCUCUCUCUCCUGCUGGGGAGGCAACCUAUGGUGACGUUGAUAGACGGUUACUGCCAUAAGGAUUUGCCUGUUAACACGUAGAUGUACACAUGUCUUUGCUGAGAUACUGUGUGCUGUAGUUAUUUGACUGUUUCUGUGUUUGCAUGUGGGAAAUAGCUAUUAGAUAAGACACAAGACUACUGGUAGUAAUCCCGGAACCAAACCUAAAAUCUCACGUGUGCUGGCCUGCUACUAGCUGUUUGUUAGGAGAUACAGGCUACAUACUGUAGUGAUACUGUUAAAUUUUUUCUGAGAUACUUUGUGUGUGUAUUGUGUUUGUGUGGUUGUUUCUGUGUUGGCAUGUGGUCAAUGGUAGUUAGAUAAGACAUAAAACUAUUGGUACCCCCUGUGCUGUUCUCCAUGUGCACUGACUGACUACACCUCUCUAGUCAAUAUUGACCCUCUAUAUUGACGGAAAAAAACGUUGACCUUGUUGAAACUUACCGUUUGGUUAUUAUGUGAGUCUUAUUGGGUCUGUGUAAUGUAUAGCUCCAGUAAUCUAUAGCUCCAGUUCUGUUGGUCAUUAGGUUGGCUGAGAGCUUCUAGGUACGUGGUAGAACAGUGUUGGAUCCUUUGUGAUCGUUUGUGCUGGGGGAGCACUGUGGGAUCAUUCCUCUCCUCACGGUGUCUCAAUGUUCCCAAGUCUCUCAGUGGGUCUGGGCCCCCUCACUGAUCCCCUGUGUUAUGGUUAUGGAGGAGAAUGUGCUGUAUCUGGGGUCUGGCUCUGGAUCAACUUCCUGCUGCUGCUGGUGUGUUUACGUGGGCCUUGGCCUCCUGGCUGGGCUGCUGGGGGUCAUGCAUGUCCUCAGGCCGGUGGAUACUGCUCCAACCCUCUCUCUCUGAUCUCUCCCUGUCCGAGGGGAAAAUGGAAAACAAGGCUCCCAGACUAUCUAUAGGUAUGGGACCUCCUCAGGAGCACUUCACUCUUAGCUCCACGCUCCUUAGGGAGGUUUAUUUUCCUGCUCGGCGACUCGAUUUCAACUCCCCCGCCUUUCCGCCCUGUCACCCAGCCUCCCGGCCCUCCUCCUAGCUCUACAAGGGUGUUUACUCUGAGUAUUAGCUGACCUCCUGACUCCGUUCUCCAUUCCACCUCGCUGGCUCUGCUCCUUACCCAAACACCUCUGCAGGAAGCAACAACCCAGGCCACUGGCUGGGUGCCGCAGUAUUAUGUCUGGCUGGACCUAAUCUGGAUGUAGCUAUAGAAUCACUCCAUGACACAAUGUAUCACACCAAGGACGCUAACUGCUCUCGCCCAUACCUUUACACAUAGAAUUUAAGAAACACUGCUGGUCGUUGUCUUGUUGUCACGCGACACUAUGUCGUCGUUUCUUUAUACUAGUUGUGUGUUUGUGUGCUCUCCUGUAGGUAUUCCAGGACCUGGGAGUGUCAGUGCUGGCCGGGGCGUCAGAGGGCUACAACGUCUGUCUGUUUGCCUACGGGCAGACUGGCACUGGCAAGACCUACACCAUGAUGGGCACACAGGUGAGGAAGGGUUAUAACGAUCAUAUGGUAACACUUGACUUUAUGCAGGUGUAAUACAUUAUGAUGUGUUCUAAGGAAAGGGUUACCUAUCAUAUAAUCUGGAAAAUCCCUAUUGGCAUUCUCUGCUCUGCUGUAUGUGUUGAAAGGAGGCACAGUGUCAAUAGAGUUAAUGACUCUUCUCUUUCCCUCAUUCGUUUCCUCCUGCAUCCUCCUCUCAGGACUCCAUGGGCCUGACCCCCAGGAUUUGUCAGGUAAGGAAGUGGUCCCCUAAUUCAUUCUAUCGGGUCUCGGUGAGGUAGUAUUCUGGUUAUUGACCUGUUCUACCUGUCUGGUCUCUCCAGGACCUGUAUAGUUGUCGUAACAUUGCCUCCUAUGCACGCUGAAGAAGGGCUCAUACCCCAAAUCUUCGUGUGGCAAUAAAAAUGUUCAUUUAAGUUAUUCACAGGAGUGCUGUACUAUUUUUGUUCUGUGGAUUAUAUAGGACGAUUCAGCACCCGAUCGAGUGCAUUAUUUAUUUUCUCUCCAGGGCCUGUUCAGAUCUGAUGACACCUUCCCUGAAGGACAAAACUCCAGCAGGAUUGAAAUCAGGUAAGAGGGGGCUGUGUGUUUGCCUGUUUCUCCUUGAGUGAUUGUCUCAAAUCAAUUCAAAUCAAAUUGUAUUGGUCACAUACACAUGGUUAGCAGAUGUUAUUGCGAGUGUAGCGAAAUGCUUGACUGACUCCAACUAUCAGAGUGCACAUUGGUAUCUAGGUGUCGUAUCAAUUCCUUAUGAAAGUGCAUUUCCUUUUCUUCCACCUGCAGCUUUCUGGAGAUCUACAAUGAGCGUGUUCGUGACCUGCUGCGAGGCAGAGAGCAGAAGAAGAAAGCCUCUCUACGGGUUAGGGAGCACCCUGAGAAGGGACCCUACGUACAAGGUGAGGGGGCAGAAUAAGUGUCUACUAAGAAGUGUCUACUACAUUAAGCAGCAGUGGAUGGGGUAGAUGCGUUAUGAGUGGCCCUGCCUUAGGCUCUCAGAUGGAAGAUACAAGACCCCUUUAGCCCAAAUUUACACCAAUCCAAUGUGUGGGGAGGAAUGCAUAUGUGCAGGAUAGGACUCACUCACUCACCAACUCAGUGGAUAUGUUGUGUAGCUGUGGUGAGCAGUAAUACGAUAAAGGUUUGUAUGCUUAUUUUAGAGGUCAGUCUAAGUGGGAUGUUGUGGUCCUCUUAGUCUUGUAGUCUGUGUUCAGGACUCAACUUUGAUUACAAACAGAGUUGCAAUCCUGGCUUGAACCCAGGCUCUGCACUUUGCACUCUCUUUUUCUCUCCCUCUCUCGUUCUCUCUUUCUCUUUCUUACUUUCUCUCUCUCUCUCUCUCUCUCUCUCUCUCUCUCUCUCUCUCUCUCUCUCUCUCUCUCUCUCUCUCUCUCUCUCUCUCUCUCUCUCUCUCUCUCUCUCUCUCUCUCUCCCCCUCUUCCCUCUAUUCCUUCAAGCCCAACAUCCACUCAUUGUCUGUAUCAGGAGAUAUCCCAGAGUAUCACAGGAAGUGAUGUCACUUCCUGGUGGCAGCAAGAAGCACAUUGCUCUACUCUACACACAGACCACAUUAUACUGUCUGGUUCUCCAGAGCCCCUCUCUCUUUCUCUAUCUUAUUCCCCCAACCCCUUACCACCGUUAAGUCUCUUGGUCUAAGAAGCGUGCAAAAAUGUUUUCCUUACCACUGACUUAGGAAAAGGAUAAUGUUAUGUAUUAUAAUACAUAAUACAUAAUUAUUAUUAUUAUGUCAUCAUUUGGGAAGUUAAAAGUUAUUGGAGGGUUUUUGUGGCUGUGUGAGACACCAAACGUGAUUCAGCUGAACCACACUGUUGUAGCUUAGUUCCUCAUCACUUCCUAAUCACACAUCACCACUAACUCAGACAAGGUUGUUCAAUUAAACAUGAUUAUUCUUCUUCUGUUUGAUAUGAAUCAGCGUAUGUUUAGGUGGUAUUGAUGAUAACUGCUUUCUGUCUGUCUGUCUGUCUGUCUGUCUGUCUGUCUGUCUGUCUGUCUGUCUGUCUGUCUGUCUGUCUGUCUGUCUGUCUGUCUGUCUGUCCUCUCCUCAGACCUGUCCCAGCACGUAGUGUCUGACUACAAGCAGGCGGUGGACCUGUUGGAGGAGGGCAUCGCCAACCGCAUCACUGCGGCAACACACAUCCACGAUGCCAGCAGCAGAUCCCAUGCCAUCUUCACCAUCCAGUACACCCAGGUGAGGUCACAACCCUGUGUCAAUCCAAUCCCAGCACUCAGAUUCACUCACCCAGGUCACGACCCUUCCAAUCCACCAAUCACAGUAGUUCUAACAGUCUGUUCAUUCGUCCCAUACAGGCUAUUCUGGAGAAUAACCUUCCCUCAGAGAUCGUCAGCAAGAUCAACCUGGUGGACCUGGCUGGCAGGUGAGUUUGUUGAAGAGGUUUGCGUUGCUUAUUCCCAGAUGCCUAAUCAUUCCAGAUACAGAAUGCCUCAGAAUCCAUGAGCAAGCUGCCUCCUAGUGGAUCUCUUCUGCCAUGACUGUGUGUUCACUGACCCAGCAGUUUCAUUUUAUCACACCAUAGCUUUUCACUAGGUACCAUUUCCUGUGUUGCGUUUCUCUCUAGAAUAUGUCAUAUUCAGUGUGUUGUUGUGUUCUGCCUGACAGUGAGAGAGCAGACCCCCACUACUGCAGAGACAGACUCACUGAGGGAUCCAACAUCAACAAAUCCCUGGUGACCCUGGGUAUCGUCAUCUCUGCUCUGGGUAAAUGUUAAAAGGGACUUUUAUUGUGAAGUACUGACUUUUUAUCUGUGUUUUCCAUCUCCUUGUCAGAAUCCACGUAGCUUACAGUACACAGAACAUACUAUACAUACAUACACAACUUGAAUUCAUACAGGGUGAUAUUUGUAGAUAAUGUGCUCUACAUACAGCAGUAUGCCUCACGUAACUGACCCAGUACCCCCCUUAUAGUCUGUAUUGUAAGACUAGCCAAGUGAGACUACCCUAUUUCUAACCCAAUCCUUCCCCCUGUCCCUGUAUCUCUCCCCGUCCUUGUCUCUUGUCCUUCCCUCUCAUUGUGCCGGCCCCUGUCUCGUGUCUCUGUCCCUAUCUCGUGUCUCUGUCCCUAUCUCUUGUCUCUGUCCCUAUCUCGUGUCUCUGUCCCUAUCUCUUGUCUCUGUCCCUAUCUCUUGUCUCUGUCCCUAUCUCGUGUCUCUGUCCCUAUCUCUUGUCUCUGUCCCUAUCUCUUGUCUCUGUCCCUAUCUCUUGUCUCUGUCCCUAUCUCUUGUCUCUGUCUCUGUCUCUUUCCCAUUCUCUUUCCCUGUCUCUGUAACCUAACUCUCCCCUUGUCUCCCCUUUGUAUGUCUCUCUCCAACAAACAUUAAACUUGAACUGUGUCCGUCCCUCUCCAGCCCAGAACUCCCAGAUGUCCAGUAGUUGUCAGAGUAUCAAUAGCGUGGCCAGUGAGGGUGAUGCGGGCAGCACUAUGGGCAGCCACACCAGCUCUCUGUCUGGGGGAGGUGGUGGAGGAGGAGGAGGAGGAGGGAGAAGACACUGCUUCAUCCCCUACAGGGACUCUGUCCUCACAUGGCUCCUCAAAGACAGCCUGGGAGGAAACUCCAAGACCAUCAUGAUCGCCAGUGAGUAGGGAAUAUUGGCAUUGCAUUGCAUUACACAUUUGUGUAAAUUAGUGGGAGUGGAAGUAGUGAUCACAUUUUUUUUGCUCUCUUAGCAUUGUAAGAUGGACAUAAUUGUUUGUCUUUCUUCAGUGCUGUAGUAUAGAUCGUUGUUGUUGAAUUAGUUGCAGUUAGUGGUUGUAAUGACAGUAUUGUAGCGUUAUUAUCCCAAUAGUAAAUCUGACCCCCUGCCUGUGUCUUGCAGCCGUGUCCCCGUCCUGCAGAAGCUACAACGAGACUCUCAGCACCCUGCGCUAUGCUGCUCACGCCAGGAACAUCGUCAACAAGCCACACGUCAACGAGGUGAGUGUUCCGCGCAUUCUGUUGUAUAUUGUUACGACCUUAGUCCAACACCUAGUGAACCUUGUCAAGAGGUUAUGACCUCUUGGCGUAAUGAUUAAGGUGUCGGACUUACAGUCGUAGGGACCUGGGUUCGAGUACCGGUUGGGGCUACAAUAUUAGUUGUAUCAUUUGCCUUGAGUGUUGUGUUGUGCUAGUCUCUCAGUAUCAUAAAGUAUAAUGUCUUGUCUCUCUACAGGAUGCCAGUGUGAGGUUAAUCAGAGAGCUACGUGAGGAGAUAGACAGGCUGAAGAGUAUGCUGCUCAGCUUCGAGAUGGUACUGGUUCCCCUGGAUUGCGGUUUUCACUAGGAAUUAUAAUCAACUGCACCAGCAGUGUUAUUGGGAAUGGGAAGAAAACAACGAUUUGAUGUUAUUUAGAUUAUAGGUUAUUACUGCCUUUGUCUUAAUUGUCUUGCAACAUUGACCAAAAUGUCUGUGGUGAUUCCUUCACAGCAGCGGAAUCCCAGCCCUUCUCUGAGUGAUGAGAGAGACGGCAGUCUGUCUGACAUGGUGUUACAGAACGAGCUAAAGGUAGAGAGGAUCAUUUAUUAGACACUCACUAGAACUGUGUACUGUCACUUUUAAUAGUAAAUAUUACCACAUCUUGUCCUUUUAUACACUCUAUGCUCCUGACUCCGGUGCUCAUCUGACAAGGACUGGUCCAGAGGCUUCGGCCUUAACAGUACAGUGUGGAAUCAACAGAGAACGGACUGGUUCCGCCACUCCGUCCACACCUUAUACACGGACGGACGUUCAGCACCGGGGUCACAGUAUCACCUCAGGGUAUAUAUCAACAGAGACCGGGCUGGGUUCCUCAUCCACGCCCUGUUCCCACACCUUGAUUACACGGGACCGGGACGUACUCAGCACCGGGGGUUCACCUUCUAUCCACCUCAAGGUGUAUAUAUAUAUAAUACACCCCCUUAGGAUAACUAACACACCACAAUCCUCAUUCCACGCCCUUUACCACCACCCUUAUUACACUGGACCGGGACGUACUCAGCACCGGAGUCACCUAUCAGCUCAGGGUAUGAGCAUGCAUAUGCAUGGAUGCUGGCACACACACACACACACACACACACACACACACACACAACAUAUACACGGAACUCACAUUCUACAUGUACCUCUACACUACACUACCUCUGUUCUUCUUUUGCUUCUUUCUCUGACUGAAAUGUUUCUUUUUUUUGUCUACUAGAUUCUCCCUCCCUGUUCUUCCUUCUCUCUCUCUGUACUGCUUGAUGUUAAGACGAGGUGCGUUUUCACUCUGACCCCCCCCCCCCCCCCCCCCCCCCCCAGAAUGGCUUUAGGUCCGAUGAUUAUACCACUUCCUGUAUUUGAAACCACCUUGGAAUCUGAAACCACCUUGGAAUCCAUACUGCUCCUGUAGUGGGACUAUAGUUACAUAAGCUAGACUUUUAUCCCACAAGAUGGCAUUUGGUAAACAAAUACUUGUUUUCCUGACAGCUAGCCUAAGUGUAGGGCUCUGAGUUCUGUGAGAGUCACGCUUAGUGUAGUAGAACAUCAUGUGAUAGUAAUUUGAUCUGUUAUGAAAUGUUUGUUUUAGGCACACCCAACUGUGCGUUUGUUGACAUAUUUUUUUCAAUCCACUGUUGAAAUACUCUGUCAUCCUGAACUCUUGACUACCCUCUGUUGUAGGAGGGGGUAACCAGGAUUGGACCUCAGGACAAACUGGUAGAACCACAAAUAGGUAGGCUGAUGUCAUAUUGAUAUCUCCUAUGUUCUCUGUUUAUUAUCUGUCAUAUUGAUAUCUCCUAUGUGAGUAUUAGAUAGAUCUUGUGCAUGCAGUACAUGUAUUUUGGGGAAACAUUUGCAACUUCAAAUGUGUUCGAUUUUGGAGUUCCUUAUUGUAUGUCUUUCCCCUCCAGUCCUCCAGGGCGGCGCCACCUGUGAGAUAGAAAACCAGUCUGGGGUGGUCACCCUGAGGCCGCUGACAGGGAGUGUUUGCAUGGUCAACGACAGGGAGGUGACGGAGCCCUGCAGACUGGCACAAGGUAGGCCCUCACCUAGUUCUCACACACUCUCUUUUGAAUCCCUUGUCAAAGAGUUUCUGUCUUGUUACAAAUCCGUUUACAGGGACAAUAGUGCCAGAGUAAGCUAUGAAGCUAGGAGCAUGUAGAGUAGCACUUGGAGGCCCAACAACUAUGUACAAUUUUUGGUGUAUAUCUCUCUGUCUUCAGGGUCAGUGGUCACUAUUGGAGGUGUUCACAAGUUCCGAUUCAACCACCCGGCAGAGGCUGCAGUCCUAAGGGAACGCAGACGGGUGGGUACUGCUGAACAGAAAUAUGAUGAUGAUAAUAAUGAUAGUGAUGGUGGUGGUGAUGAUACCUAACGACAUCCUCUUCUUGACAGGCCAGUGAGGGUGCACUGAACUGCAGCUACAGUGACCUUCGAUCCUUAACCUCUGACCCCAGGUAAACACACACACACACUCAGUGUAAACUAACCACCACCCACUGACAAACACAGGCCAGGAGCAUCUCUGAAUACCACUCACUACACAUGUGCUGAAAGGAUUCUGCUGAGCUCUCAUAGUAGACUCACGGCAUACAUAUUUAUAUGUAGUCUAUGUAGUACAACCUACCACUGGUACAGGUGCAAGGGAUAAAUGGCUAGUAAUGCUUCAUGCAUGUUUCUGUGUACAGAACGAUAGAGAGAGAGUGCCUACAGCAUACAUAGACAUAGACUGACCAGCUGAAUCCAGGUGAAAGCUAUGAUCCCUUAUUGAUGUCACUUGUUAAAUCCUUUUCAAUCAGUGUACAUGAAGGGGAGGAGACUGGUUAAAUAAGGAUUUGUAAGCCUUGAGACAAUUGAGACAUGGAUUGUGUAUGUGUGCCAUUCAGAGGGUGACUGGGCAAGACAAAAGAUUUAAGUGCCUUUGAACGUGGUAUGGUAGUAGGUGCCAGGCGCACCGGUUUGUGUCAAGAACUGCAACGCUGCUGGGUUUUUCACGCUCAACAGUUUCCUGUGUGUAUCAAGAAUGGUCCACUUAACACAACUGUGGGAAGCAUUGAAGUCAACAUGGGCCAGCAUGGGGAAGGUGUUCUUAAUGUUUUGUACACUCAGAGGAAUCAUAGCUUGUUGUUUACAGGCAAGCCAAGGCUGGGCCGUUGCCUGGUUACAAGAGAGACGCUGCAUUAAACUCUAACAACAGUAGCUCUCAUUAAAACUCUGCCUAGGCAAGGAGCCAGACGUCUCAGCAUUUUAGGGAUUUCUGUCCAUAACCAAAUCUUUACUGCGUUGAGGUACCUCUUAUUUGUAUUUAUGUCUCUAUGUGAACAGGGUUGGAGGAGAGGUGGUCCCGGGACAGACAGGGUACUGUGUGGCUGAAGGAGAGGAUCCAGCCAGGAAGCAGCGGUGUGUAGAGGACCAGGUGAAGGACGUGGAGGAGCAGAGGGGGUACGUGGAGUGUCUACGCCAGGAGAUCCAGACUGAACAGAGACGGGCUGAGAGAGAUCUGGAGAGCGAACAGGCCCUUCUGAGACAACAACACAUUGACAGUGAGUAGCACACCUUCAGCAAGUCAUACAAUACUCAGUACAAUACAUAACGUACAGGACACAUUGAGAGAAUAGCUUGAAUAUUUAUUUUAUGUGUCUCUCAGUAGAGACAUGUUUUGAGAAAUUAGAGAUGUAAAGAGAAAUAGAUCAACGUUUUGCAUUUUAUCACAGAACAUUAUACACUCCCCUACGUAUUUAUUUGGACAGUGAAGCUAGAACUUUUAAUUUGGCUCUCUACUCAAGCAUGUUGGAUGUUGGAGGUAGCAUAGCGUUAAGAGUGUUGGGCCAGUAACCGAAAUGUUGCUGGUUCGAAUUCCCGAGCCGGCAAGGUGGAAAAAUCUGCAGCUCUGCCCUUGAGCAAGGCAGUUAACCCCCAACAACAACUGUUCCCCGGGCACCGAUGACGUGGAUUAAGGCAGCUCGCGCACCUCUCUGAUUCAGAGGGGUUGGGUUAAAUGCACAAAACACAUUUCGGUUGAAUGCAUUCAGUUGUGCAACUGACUAGGUAUCCCCUUUCCCAAAUGUUUCAUAUUUGAAGAUGAAAUGUUUUAAUUUCAUAACACAUCUACCUUAAUGUGGAUUCUACCAUGAUUACGGAUAAUCAUGAAUGAAUUGUGAAUAAUGAUGAAUGAGAAAGUUAGAGGCUUUUAAAUAUCAUACCCCCAAAAAAUGCUGUUAUUCGUAAUGGUGAGAUGUUAGCAUGUCUUGGGGGUAGGAUAUUUAUGCCUCUAACUUUCUCACUCAUCAUUAUUCAUGAUUCAUUCAUGAUUAUCCAUAAUCAUGGUAGCAUCCACAUUAAUGUAGAAGUGUUCAGAAACAUAUUCUAUUCUUAUUUACAAUAAAGGUGACUCCAAAAUGACACAAUAGAUUAUUUACCAUUAAUUUUUAUUGGGCACAACAUAAUGUGAAACACAACAAAAACAAACUGCAAAUGCAUCCAACAUCUUUGUAGAGCCACAAGCUUGAUGUAGUCAUUGUGUUAGGAAUAUUAGGACCAAAUACUAAACUUUUGACGACUUUAAUACACAUACCUAUGUAAGUGAAUUUGUCCAAAUACUAAUGACACCUUCAAAUGGGGGUAAUAGAUACAUAAAGUGCUUUCAUUUCUAAACGGUAAAACAGAUAUGUAUGAAAAUAACCUUAAAUAAAAGGUGACAUUUUGUACUGUAGCCUCAUAUGAAACAUUUUAUCUAAAAAAUGCUGAAGUAUAGAGCUAAAUUAAAGGUUUUAGCUUCACUGUCCAAAUAAAUACGUAAGGGAGUGUAUCUGAAAAAUAUGUUGUUAAAGUUUGUACAGUGCAUUGCAAAAGUAUUCAUCCCCCUUGGCGUUUUUCCUAUUUUGUUGCAUUACAACCUGUAAUUUAAAUGGAUUUUUAUUUGGAUUUCAUGUAAUGGACAUACACAAAAUAGUCCAAAUUGGUGAAGUGGAAUGAAAAAAAUAACUUGUUUCAAAAAAUUCUAAAAAAUAAAUAAUGGAAAAGUGGUGCGUGCAUAUGUAUUCAUCCCCUUUAGUAUAAAGCCCCUAAAUAAGAUCUGGUGCAACCAAUUACCUUCAGAAGUCACAUAAUUAGUUAAAUAAAGUCCACCUAUGUGCAAUCUAAGUGUCACAUGAUCUGUCACAUGAUCUCAGUAUAUAUACACCUGUUCUAAGCAAGGGGCACCACCAAGCAAGCGGCACCAUGAAGACCAAGGAGCUCUCCAAACAGGUCAGGGACAAAGUUGUGGAGAAGUACAGAUCAGGGUUGGGUUAUAAAAAAAUAUCAGAAACUUUGAACAUCCCAUAGAGCAUCAUUAAAUCCAUUAUUAAAAAAUGGAAAGAAUAUGGCACCACAACAAACCUGCCAAGAGAGGGCCGCCCACCAAAACCUACGGACCAGGUAAGGAGGGCAUUAAUCAGAGAGGCAACAAAGAGACCAAAGAUAACCCUGAAGGAGCUGCAAAGCUCCACAGCGGAGAUUGGAGUAUCCGUCCAUAGGACCACUUUAAGCCGUACACUCCACAGAGCUGGGCUUUACUGAAGAAUGGCCAGAAAAAAGCCAUUGCUUAAAGAAAAAAAUAAGCACACACGUUUGGUGUUCGCCAAAAGGCAUGUGGGAGACUCCCCAAACAUAUGGAAGAAAGUACUCUGGUCAAAUGAGACUAAAAUUGAGCUUUUUGGCCAUCAAGGAAAACUCUAUGUCUGGCGCAAACCCAACACCUCUCAUCACCCCGAGUAACACCAUCCUCACAGUGAAGCAUGGUGGUGGCAGCAUCAUGCUGUAGGGAUAUUUUUCAUCAGCAGGGACUGGGAAACUGGUCAGAAUGGAAGGAAUGAUGGAUGGCGCUAAAUACAGGGAAAUUCUUGAGGGAAACCUGUUUCAGUCUUCCAGAGAUUUGAGACUAGGACGGAGGUUCACCUUCGAGCAGGACUAUGACCCUAAGCAUACUGCUAAAGCAACACUUGAGUGGUUUAAGGGGAAACAUUUAAAUGUCUUGUAAUGGCCUAGUCAAAGCCCAGACCUCAAUCCAAUUGAGAAUCUGUGGUAUGACUUAAAGAUUGCUGUACACCAGUGGAACCCAUCCAACUUGAAGGAGCUGGAGCAGUUUUGCCUUGAAGAAUGGGCAAAAAUCCCAGUGGCUUAUAGAGACAUACCCCAAGAGACUUACAGCUGUAAUUGCUGCAAAAGGUGGCUCUACAAAGUAUUGACUUUGGAGGGGUGAAUAGUUAUGCACGCUCAAGUUUUCUGUUUUUUUGUAUUUUUUCUUGUUUGUUUCACAAUAAAAAAUAUUUUGCAUCUUCAAAGUGGUAGGCAUGUUGUGUAAAUCUCCUUCUCCUGAGUGGCGCAGUGGUCUAAGGCACUGCAUCGCAGUGCUAACUGUGCUACUAGAGAUCUGGUUCGAAUCCAGGCUCUGUCGCAGCCGGCCGCGACCGGAGACUCAUGGGCGGCGCCAAUGGCCCAGGUCGUCCAGGGUAGGGGAGGGAAUAGGCGGCAGGGAUGUAGCUCAGUUGAUAGAGCAUGGCGUUUGCAACGCCAGGGUGUGGGUUCGUUUCCAUGGGGGGCCAGUAUAAAAAAUAAAAAAAAAAUGUAUUCACUAACUGUAAGUCGCUCUGGAUAAGAGCGUCUGCUAAAUGACUAAAAUGUAAAUGUAAAUGUAAAUCAAAUGAUACAAUCCCCCAAAAAUCCAUUUUAAUUCCAGGUUGUAAGGCAACAAAAUAGGAAAAAUGCCUAGGGGGGUGAAUACUUUCGCAAGCCACUGUAUGUGCAGAUAGUGCACAUUUAAGUCAUGCAUGUAUUUUGUUUCCUGUCUACAGUCCAGCAGUGGAUCCUGCAGGAGAAGCAGCGUCUGGCAGCUAUAACGUUAAAGGAAAGAGGAACUCAGGAGUUUGGUGUACAGACUGAUCCUAUACCAGCUCCCAUCCUAGACAGCCUGCUAACGGAAGGUUCGGAAGGUUCUGAGGAAUGCUGUGGUCAAACAGUGGCCCCUCCCUCUAAAGUUGUUCUAAACAGGAAGAAGGUUGUUCAGGAGGAGCUGUUACGUCAUCACGCCUUGUGGCGCGCAGAGAGCCGAGUUCGACGCAAAAGACUUCACUACCAGCUGGAGAGGAUCGCUCGCAAGCGCCAUCUACUAGAGGCUAAGAGGGAACUGCAGUGGCUGGAGAAGGCCCUGCCACCAGGUCUAGAGAGCCCUGCUUCCCCUGAACUAGGGUCCUCCUCAAGUUCCAGAGGACAUCACCCUGUCUUGCGCAGGCAUUCUUUCUCAUCAGACCUUCUGUCCCGAUUGUACCCCCAACACACCCCAAUCUUCAGGUCCGUAUGAAGUAUCUCACAAAUAUAUAUAUUCAAGCCAAUAUUUGACUAGUAUAAAGGAAUUACACAGGCAUGGUGUAAAGGAUAAUGUAUUUCUUUAUCCCUGUUUUGUUUUCCCCAACAGCCACUUCCUGAAGAGAAACAGACCGUCUGAACUGACAUUUGGAUCCAUCAACUCAAGACAGUGGGUGUCUGAUGAAUGUCUUCCAUGCGAAAGGACGAGGAGUCGCUCCAACACAUUCUCCUCGGGAACAGGAACCAGUAGUCAGGAGCAGGGGUGGAGGAGCAGAGCCAGUUCCUCUGAGAACCUUAAGCCGCCUGUGAAGGACGAGGAGGAGGCUCUAGCUCAGCCACCAUGUCGUGAAAGACCAGAGAGGAAACCACUGCUUCCAAAACGUGGGCUUGAAUUUAAAUUCAAGAACAAUCAGAACCCAUCACAAUCACAAAAUGGUGGGACUUUACAGUCAAGCAGUAAUGUCAUCGUGAAGGAUCAACAGUUACAGUAUACAAAUCCAGCAGUCAGACUCAGAGAGCUCCAUGUAAGGCAGUGAAGAGCCUUCCCCGUGGAGGAAGCAAGGGCUUGGAGACCAUCCGGAAGGUCUUAUCACACUCAGUCGGCCCUGGAAUAAAGACAGCGUUGGCUAGGGUGUUUAGAAAGCCACCAUCAGGACUGAGUAGAGGGACCAAGCCCACUGGUAAAACAGCAAGCCGAUUUCACUGGAUACAAAACCGAGGUGUAGAAGAAGCCAAGAUGAGCAGGAAGAAAUGCACGAUGAAAACAACUGUCUCAUGUGAGGAUCUUGAUCAGAAGACUCCUUCACAUGAUUGUAGGCAGAGACAAAGACGGUGGCACAGUGCAGAGACUCUGAUAAACCAGACUACCAUCCUAAGGUGGGUAGAGAGACCGCAGGGACUGGCAGGAUGGGAGGAGUAUGACAGUGAGGAGGAAAAGGAGGGUGACCACUCCUCAGACUGUGACAGCUUGUUCUCAAUGGACUCCCUGUCCUCGGCCUAUGCCACAGCUUUGGCAGAGCAGCUGAAGCAGGAGGAGGCUAUCCAGAGCGAAGCAGAGAGCGAAGACAGUCAAAUGUCAAAGGACUCACUGGCUAUGGAGAGCAGAAGGAAACAUGUUGCAUCUAGGCCGGCACAGAGAUUGACUGGGGUAGUACCCAGUCACUCAGUGGUGAGGGGUUUUCUCAAUCCCUCGAUUGGAAAGACUGUGAUCAUGGCCUCAGAGAUUCAGCCAACUGGAGAGGGAAUAGAAGACAUUGGAAAACCGAAUGAAAUGCCAGCAGAGGCUUACUGGAGCCAUCAUGGUGGUCCUAAAACAGGAGUUAAUGGAGCAACCGGAGCGACAAGAGAAUCACGGUACCAGAAGCAGUCAGCAAAAGAACCCCGGUGUAGAGACACUGUAUCAAAGUUGAGUGAAGAGCUUGGGCACGUCCACACUAUGUUGACCAGCAGUCCUCGCUCUCUGAGUAGCUGUAGUGUGAGGGAGCCAGAGAGUUUGCUAGCGCUUACAGACGCCUGGUCCUCCACUGAUGCAGCAGAUAGUCCUAGGAUACCCAGGGACUCUGCCGUGUUGAGGAGGAGGACGGUGUUUAGUCAUGGUGCGUUGGACAGCAGCAGUUGUCCCAGCCCCAUCAGUGCGGAUCUGUCCGACUGUCUGAGUGUAUUUGGAUCCACUGGAUCCCAUAGCUCCGCAUCUACUGACGGCACAGAGGGAGAACAUGUCACAGUAGAGGAACAAAGACUUGGGGUUUCAGAGGGGACAACUGAUACUUUGAAUUUCCAUAAUUCUCAACUCCUCCAAACGUUAGCACCACGUGUAAUGAUACCAUUGAUUCAGGAGUCAGUGUGUUGCGAAUACUAUUUUGAAAGGCAGUCAGUCAGUACAGAAGGUUUGCUGAAGGUAGCUAUUGAUGAUCCAGGCUUUCGCAACAAUCAAAGUAGUGCUGUCUCAUCAGAGCUUCCUUCGCACAGAUCCACAUGUGCUCCAACCAUUGACCAUAAGACUCAAUGCAUCCCAUCAACAUUGGAGGCUGCAAUGUUCCAUGGGCAUCAGAUGCAGCAGGUCACAUUACCUAAAACUGAAGGUAACAUGUUGAAUGAGACAUCGGACAUCGAAAGUGCCCCAAAGAAUCCUUCUGGAGAUAAUGAACUAUUCAAUGUAGAUGGAGACAUGGAAGAAGUCAGAGAUGAGGAGUUUUGUGAAGCUAGCAAUACCAAAGACAUAUCAAUUCAAAGUGAGUUUAAAUUGCUGCAAAAGCUUGGAGCCAAAGUCACAGAGCAGAAUUGUGUGUCACCAGAGCAGGAGUCUUUCAAAGUGUCUUGUACAAAUUCCAGAAAGAGGAACAAAGGCCUGCAGGACAGUUUCAUUGGCAGCUUGAAAAUUCCAAAGAGGAGCAAUGGAGGGAACUUUUUUACAUUCUCCACUGUCAAGAACAGCCAGGAAGUUAUUUGGCCAGAUGACAACAAUAACACUAGUGAAUUAAAAGACAAACAAACUUCCUUUGCAGACCAAACUAAAUCUGGGCUGCAAUGA